AAUUAAAAUGGCUUUAAAAUUACUUAUAAUACUCUUGCUAAAUAUGGUGACCAUCGUGGCUGCUGUGAGCGAGUGUAGUGAACUACACCCUAAAGCAUCGUUGAUAACCAUCGAGUCAGAACCUGAACAGGAGUUUGUCAACACAAUUCUAGCUACAUAUAGCCACGAGACAGAUAAAGUAUGGACCGGUAUGACUAACGCUAUUAAUGGGGCCAACUUUCAAAACUGGCAUGAUGAUGAGCCAGUAAGUUGGGGAAUGCAUGCGUUGUUCAACAAUCGUUUCCAGGAGGUUGUGGCCGAUUAUUGCGUACAAAUUUCUACCAACAAUAAUUUUUUGGGCAAAUGGUAUUCGGAGCCGUGUGUGCGCCGGGCGUACGCCCUGUGCGCCAGGCCUCAAGAGUGGACAAUUGAAAUACUGAGCGAUGCGAUGGAAAAUAUGACCAAGCUAGUUAAUAGUCAACAACUUAUUAUCAAUGAGAAUAAUGUUACCUUGCUAAAACUAAACGAGUUAAACAGCUUAUUGAUUAACAAAUUAGAGUCAGAUUAUAUGCAAAGGGACGCGCCUUCUAGCGGUAAUUUAGGCUAUAAAGAUCUGGAAGCGUAUAACUAUGUAUCGGCAAGCGGGCAUUGUACUGGCGGGUGGACAUCGUACCAUGAUCAAAAAUGUUUCAAAAUCAUUGACUCGGUUAUCGGCACAGCGGCCGAAGGGAUGGCCGCCUGCGCUAAAGAGGACCCAAAGGCAACACUACCCACCGUAUGGACAGCAGCCGAAAAUCAAUUCAUAUACGACAUGAUCAAACCGUACGCCACCAAAGCUUUGAGCGCGUGGCUGGGCAUAUUGCACCAGGGUACCACAAUCACCUGGGUCGACAAAUCGGCCAUGUCGUACCAGAAUUACGUUUACACCGGGCAAACGCACCAGGAGUGUAUACAGAUGUACAACACGGCCACCAUAUUUGGCGCAUGGGUGGACGGCCCGUGCACUGGCCGGGGUUUGACGGUAUGCCAGCGCAUAGUACACAACUGUCCCAACUAUAUGCCUCAACUACUGGCCACUAACAAAAAAGUGACCACGGCCGAAGCGAAAUUAGCUGACGCUAUCAAACAAUUUGACGAACAGAUUGCAGGCAUUAAUAAUCUCCUAACUGUAGACUAUAAAGAUAUGAUUGAUAUUAUUAAAAAUCCCGUACCCAUUAACUUUGUUUACACCCAGCUGCCAGGCACCGAUGAACCGGGUACUUUGUGGAAAAAUGUUAAAUUUGAAGAGGUUAGCGAUAAGUACCCAGGGUUGUUUUUCCGUGUAGAGGGCCAGGGUUCCGGCGCGUUUGGCGCCAUACAGGAGGCUAACUUUACCGGGGUUGAAAUUAUCAGAACAAAACAAUUUGAGGGCCUUAAGUAUAAGUCACUUGGCAAGGUGACAGAUAGAAGUUUGAGCCUGGGCAAAUGGCUGGUCGAGGGUGGUAAAGAGUUACCAGCUACAUCGUGCCUGGUUAAUAUGUAUCGAAGCAAUAUAGAGAAUAGACCUAAAAAUGUCGCGGUGAAAAUUUGGAAACGCUCCGAGUAA